GAUGACCAAGCUGCGAGCAUGCGGCGAGGGCCAGACGCCAGUAAAUAUGCGAUCAGUGAGAGAGAUGAAUAGACGUGUUUUCGCGAAUCGGAGUGUCUCUUGGUCUGUCUUUGAUGGAUUUCAAAUUGAUUCACGCUUUUCAAUCAAUACAAUGACUUAUUUUCAUUGAGCCUUAUGCCCUUAUUUGAUUAGGAUUUCUAUAAUGAAUUUGAAACACAAAUAUUGCCGCCCCUAUAUGCUCGGUGCCGCAUUUGUACUGUUCAUUGUGAAUGAGGGUCAAGCACGCAAAUGUUAUAUUUGUGGGGACGAGGGUGACCCUCCGUGUAAGAAUUUCGAAAUGGACAAGGAAACGUUUUCUAAACAAUGCAACCCCUCCGACCAAGCUUGUUUGCUGAAGAUUUCAGGCAGAAAACGGGUUCGCUCAUGCGAAAAAGAAAGAAUUGAGGAUUGUAAAAUAGCAAACGGCGUGAAGUAUUGCUUUUGCACUACAGACCUGUGCAAUGAUGAUGAAACCAGAUUCGUAACUCCAACAGACGAUGAGGAUAUUUUGGAGGGAAGCGGAAUAAAAAUGAUACCUUCCUUGACGGAAAAACCACAAGUCUCUGUUGUUGUGUCUUCUGCAAGCUCCGUCAAUUUUACUAUUUUAUUACUAUUAUUAUCAUUUUUACUAAUACUGGUAUGAGAUGGUUGAUUCUUGGGUAUUUUACGUUCAGUAUUAUCAUAUAACGUAUACAAUACUAACGAAAUGAUGAGAUGGAAUAGACAGUGAUGAGGCAUUCCAAAAUCGUUCUGUCUGAAAUUCUUUUAAAACUGUAGUCGAUAUUUUUGAUUUAUUCAGUUAAAGGAGUAAACGACUCGACGUUGAAAUAUGAGCAGUUAAUUUUUUCUUUUUCCUGGAUAUAACACUAUAAAUGCCCUAUCAAUAUUAAUCCAUUUCAUUAUUUCUCAUUAAGUCUCUUAGUCUUCCUAAGUAUAAUCAUAUAUGUACCUAAACUUUUCUAUAUUCCAUGUGAGUAUGUAUUAUAUACAAUUUGGGGUACCAACCAUAUAAAAACCAUCAAAUCGGUUGUUAUUUUGAAAGAAUUGAGGUAAGAAGGGGCCUAAGCCACAAUGACUUUACUUCGAGAAAUUAUAAUUUUCAUUUGAAUCCUGAAAUAACGUGUUUUUUCAAUUUCGAUGAAAUAGGUCUAUAUUUUGAGGAAAAAAAAUCGACAGAACCGAAAAAAUAUAACGCAUUCUCGUAAAAUAAAUACAUGUUACUUCCCACUCAAAAAUGAGAUAUAUUGUUUUUUUAAUGUUAUGUGAUAUAAGCAUUGAACAUUGAAAAUAUUUGCAGUCACAGAUCUUCUAGUACGGUAAAUCUAGUAGGCUGUGGUGCGAAUCGGUUGAUUAGGUCGAGCAUCGCUUGACCAUCAGCGUAAUAUGAACCUUGAUGAUUGUUCGUGUAGGUAUGCUAGAUGGGUGAACUAGAAGCCUAAGACUUUUCGAGGUCUUUUAGGAAAGGUCUGACCUUCCACAGAUAGUUUUUAUCAAGGUUUUUAAGCGUUAAAAAUGGUCCUUUUUAGGAUGUUUUGGACCAUAAAUCUCGUAUAACUUGAAAACUGUUAACUCUUUAGAGGAAUGUUACCAGGCCCUUUUUUGUUAAGAAUGGCCAAAGAAGUCGUCUGUGGUCUACGAUAGUCGUUAUAUAAAAGGCUAAUGUUAAUUUUGAUAAGUAGACUGUUCAUAAAUCAUUAUCUAAAAUAGUUUUCCUCCGUGGCAAAAGCAUAAUCUACAUUUAUGACGGCAGCAACGUUAUUUGUUAUUUGUUGAGAAUCUGCUGUCAGCAGCUGAACUAAAUCCAAAGCUAUCUUUGUUCUCUGUAUCAUUAAAACAUCCAUUGUUUUCACCUGCGGCCAAAUUCCGUUUAGCGUCCAUCUCGUGGUAUAACUUUCUUGACGUAAAAAUGUAUGGGAUAUCGUGGCUGUUCAAAAACGCCUCUAAGAAAGUAUAGCGUCAUCUAUCUGCAAAUUGUCAAAAAAUCCUCUCAUCGUAACCGUGUCGAACUAGCUCCUUUGAAGAGGAGGCUUUUCGCAGUUCUUCUAACCUUAGGCAUGUAAAAAAAUCAAAUGUGGCUCUAGGUACCUUAUUACCCCAAACCCUUCGAUUGAUGCUAAGCGUGCUUUAUAUCAUUGUUAUUUUUUAACGGUUAGCAAAUAAACGGUAAUCAAGUAUGAUAGUGUGGUGCUCCAUAACCUCCAUUUAAUUUUUAAGUAUAUUUCCCUAAUUGUCGUCAAGUCUUUCACUGACUUUGUGUAAAACUGCCAACAGAACUAAUAUAAAACCGAAGAAGGCUGUGGUAAUAAAAUCCUACAGUGGUUUAGUAACCAUAUAAUUAAUGUGCUUUGAAAAGAAAGUUCUAUUUAUUUAUCUGCUUUUUAUACUCUACAUAUGUGUAACGUGCAUAUGAAGAAAUCCUAGAAACAGGACCCUCUAAAAAUAAGCAUGCAUUAGUAAAACCAGUUUUGAUCGGCUACUGUAAUAUUUAUAUCAUACAAGGUGUUCUGCUGUUGCAUUUAUACGAUUCAGGUCAGGACAAGCUAGACGCUCUUAAAUACCGAGUACGGUAGUCUCGAAAAUGUGCACAUCAGCUAAAAUAUAACUAGAUAGGUAUUUUGCAUUUUGAGAAUUGUUACUGCAGAUUACUAAAAUGUUUUCCGCAGUUAUUUGGGGUGUAGUAGGCAUUUUUAGUGGACUUCAAAACUCUGAAAUAAAUCAACAAGUCACACUGGCGAGGCCAUAUUCUAGUUGAAUUUCGAAAAUAAGAUAUUAUGUUUUUUGAUUCACGAAAAACCAUGACACUUAUGUCCGUCUGAUUAUCAUGAAAUUUGCACACAAGGUUACUACUACACCAAGGACGAAAAAGCCUUGUAGUUUUUGAAAAUCGGUUCAGUGGUGGCGGUACUACAGGCAAAAAACGAAAAAAAAAAUAAAUAAAAACCGCUGAAACGCUAAUUUAGCCCUAAAGAGAUUAAAAUUAUUAGGUCCAGUGGCGUCUCGGGGGGCACCUGAGCGAAUAUUAUUGGCAAAAAAUGUACGCUACGGCCUUUUUUCGUAAAUUUAAUAUUUGUUGUUUGAUUAACCAUCCACAAUUUCAACUUCUUUGCCUCUUGUAUUUUUUCGUAUCUCGCUUUGUUUUCGAGAAAAAAAUAAACACCUUUUUAUUGCAUGGCACUGGACAAAAUUGAUUUAUUAAUUUUUGCUAAAAUAAUCACAAGUGCCUUGAAAAACAAAAAAUCAAAAAUUAGCCUCUUAAUACAACAAAUGAUAUUGCCGAAUUUAUAGAUAUAUAUUUAUAUUUUGAAUAUACCAAUAAAAAAAGUUGAAUUUAUCACCCUGUAUCUUGAAAACCCUGCCUUUCCGGUUUAUAGAAACUUUUUUUUUCAUAUUUUUCACAAGGAAUCACCCUCUGAGAUGUCUCCGUCUAUAUUUCGAACACUCUGUAUAAGGAUCUCACACCUUUUUUGGCGACUCCUAUUUUUUGCUGUUUCAGUUGGUAUUAGGACGACUUUACCUACGGUGAAGAGUAUUAUAUCCAUAUCCAAGGCAUACUGAUUCGACCAAUACAAAUCGUAGAUUUUAUUUCUGGUAUUUCCCACAAAAAACACAAAAGAUUUGUCCUAACGCUGAUUGGCUAACCAAUCAAAUCUUCUUUUGUACCUCAACCAAUACGAAUAAACUCAUACCCAGCGCAAAAACAGGAAAGAUUAGUGUGAACGCUCUUAUCAGUAAACAGAAUUAGACGCACAAAAAAUGCCUUAUGCGGAUAGGUCGACCAACACGGUCAUCGUUUACAACAACGAAUUGUAUGAACGCCUUGCUAGGUAUGGAGUAUAGGCGGAGCAUCCAUGAUUUUUUUUCACUCACAAUAUAUUUUAUCAGUGACUUUAGAAAGACGAAAGCCCCACAUUCGUGGAAGGUAUUUUUCAACUCCAUUUUUACUUCCCACGCUAGGUGAAAGACCAUAAUAUAGUCACUGUCGCUGCUCUGGUGACUCGGCAACUGUUUGUUUCGGUGCUAUCGGGCUCACCCAUCGCCGUUCCGAUAGCAGCGUUGCAGUUGCCUGUCAAAUAGGUGACUGCUGGGGACAAAUUCACUAGUUUCCUACAGUGAAUUUUUAAUAGUCCCAAACAUCCAACCCCCUGUAUAAAUAGGACGUUUGCACCGUGCAUUUACUGCAUAUCGACAUCCGUUUUUAGAUUUGUUUAUCCUGUACACGGGUAUUUAAGAAGUAUUUUUGAUAUUAGUGGAACACCUUGUAUCUACAUAAUUAUCCUCAUACAUAUUUCAGUAUUCGUUGUGGAGGUAAGCUACACACCUUUUCCAUAGAUUAUGUUAUUUUUUAUAAAAAGUGACUCUUCUUCUAGUCAUUAUGCAUAAUUUCUUUUGAAUGUCUAUGGGUAUUUUUAUAAAUGCAAAUGAAUCAAUUUCUCAAUUUAUGUGAUUUUUAUUGUAAGACUGCUGUUUGUAGAAAUGUUAUCGGAUACAUAGGUAUAUAUAUACCUACUUUUUAUACUUAGCUGUUUAUGUAAUAUAUGUAUAUGUAGGCCAAGAAAUAGCGAGAUUUUGUGUAAGGAAAUCCUACAAUUUGGACGACUAGUGGCGUCAUGAUAGGGCUGAAUCGUCAAGUAAUAGACACAAUUUUGUAAUAAAUCAAAUUCUUCAUCGUUUUCCUUCUACCUAGUAUAUACAGGGUGAUUCACAAGUCGUGACCAAAAAUGAAACGUCAUACUCAGGAUCGCAUUUGAAGGGGGUCAGUCUGUCUAUUGGCGAUUUUAUCACUGAGUAAUUUCAGUAACCGUUGCAGCGAUGUUAAUGUCGUUGAAAUUGUAGGAAAAAAAUAAUUAUUCCCUGUGAAGUAUUCUAAGCUUCACCCUGUGUAUGAUGAUGUCAAUAAAUUAUUUUUGUAUAUCUAUUAUAUCAAAUGAAUGUCAAUUUCAGUAACUUGCCUGUAAAUCCAUUAUAUAUUUUAUAUGCUUUUUUACGUAAUAAAACUUGAAAAACC